CAAUGUUACCAUGGAGACCCAUCAUAAACAAGAUGGCGGAUAAGAGUUCCAGUGGUGUUGUGUUGUAUCGUAAGCCUCUCCCUCCCUCCAGUCAGUAUUUGAAAACUAGCAGUACUAAGACUAGUAAAAAGACUGGAGCCCUCUCUCCCUCUAAUAACAAGAGAAGAGAACCUCUAGAACAAGAUAUACAGCAAGGACUACCAAACCUACCUUACAUACACCCACUCUAUCCUAAAGGGCCUCCUCCUCUACCAAUGGGAAAGAUAAUUAAACAUACAGAGAUACCUAGUCCUCCUCCAUUCCCUACUCCACCAUUAGACUCCUUUACAUUAAGUGAUUUCUUGUUGUGUACUGAUACAGCUAGGGGAGCCUGUACUAGGAGAUUGGUGUCAUCAGAUUCUAUUGUACUCUCUAGGGAUAAUUAUCUUAAAAUGACUGGCUGGUUCUCUUUUAAUGCUCCCAGACAAUCAGUCAUGCACACCAGAAAUAUUGAAAUCCAACAGUUGGCAAAUGACACUCGUAAGCCUCACCACCAGUUACUACUAGAGUUCAAGUCCAUGCUGGCUGAGUUACUAAGAGAGGCUGAGACUAGUGUUGAAAGGAGACCCUCUGCUGAUAUUCAGUUAGAGAAUAGAGAUGAUGUCAUCAUUCAGAGCAGAGCUUCAAAGUUCUUUUGUGGAGAGCAGAGAACAAGCAGCCCAUUUGAUGAUAGUUCAGGUAAUGAGGCCAUUGGGCCUGCAGAAGUAGCAAUACUACAGUCAAUGGUGACUGGAGGACACAUGCUCUCAUUCAAAGCUCAUUUCCUAUCAGAACUACCAUCACUACUACCACUGAGCAAUACACUAACACACCUCAAUGUAUCAUUCAACUGUCUACAGGUAUUCCCAAAGGACAUAUGUCAAUUGACACAAUUAAAAGAUUUGAGAUUAAGAAACAACCCAAUAAGAGAAAUACCAUCAGCUAUAAGAAGUUUAAAGUCACUUCAAUUAUUAUCGAUACCAUUCAACCUACUAACUGAUCUACCACAAGGAUUGUUUGAGCUGUACUCAUUAGAGGAGCUUGAUGUAUCACACAAUAGCCUCCAAUGGAUAUCAAGGGACAUACAGCAACUGUGUAACUUAAAGAGGCUCAACGUACAGUGUAAUCAGUUAUCAGGACUACCAGUUACUACACUAAACAUACAACUACAACAACUACUGGUGGAUAGUAACUACUUCCAUCAGUUACUGUGGAAAGAAAACACACACAACUCACCACAAAUGCUGUCUGAUAUGUGUUGUACAGUAUUAGCUAAACACAGUACAGUGAAUGCAAUAGAAGAAUAUCCUCAAGAUAUACAAGCACUUUUGAACAAUCCAACUGGUACGUGUGAUUAUUGUCAAGGAGCUAUGUAUGGGUGUGGUCUCAGAGCAAUACGAUCAAUUAAUAAUAAUAAUAAUAAUAAUAGUAGACACUUACCUUUCAUUCUUCAGUUGUGUUCUGCUCCUUGUCUGUACACAGUAAUGAAUAAUGAACAACUUAAGUGGAAAGAUGAUCAUGUUAUUAUCCAUUGACAUUAAUUUUAAUAAUUCAAUUAAUAACAAUAAUAAUAAUAAUAAUAAUAAUAAUAAUAAUAAUCAGAAUGUGUGUACGUAUAAUGGUUUCAUUGAUGAUUCUCGUGUCAUUAAAUUUGU